AUGAACAACCAUUUUACAACACCAAAUGCUGAUAACUGUACUUCAACUAUCAUAUUCAAACCAGCAUUACCGCAAGCAAUACUAAAACCUGAUUAUUCAGCAAGUUCAUUCUUAACAUUGGCACCUUACGGAACUGGGAAAACAUUAUUGAGAUGUGAAUAUUACAAAUCAUUACGACCAGAUACCUACUUCAAAGUAUUAAUAUUAAAUAAAGAGAUUGAUGAAUAUUUACAAAGAUUUGUCGAAGAGAAAGCAAUGAGUGGAACAGAUUGUGACAAGGAAAGUUGCAUCAUGAAAUGGUCAAGUGAUGAAUUCGCGAUCGUUGAAGGUGAAGGUUUUCCAAUCAAAGCAUUUCAAACUUCUCUGUCGAAUAAUGUGUUAAAUGGUUUAAGACACUUUGCAUUGUUUAUGAAGAAACAUGUUAAAAAAACUGCUGUAUUCAUUAUUGACGGAAUUGAUGAAAACCGGUUUUUCUUCAAUGAGAAUAAUGUUAAUAAAAAGUCAUUAGAAUUAUUUUGUCGUUCUUCAUUAUCUCAAGAGAUUAUCGCAAUGGUUAUGGCUCAUAAUUUCUAUUUAUCGGUAUUUUAUCCUAAAAUAGAUGGUAUUAAUAUGGAGCACGCGAUUAUUCGAAAGGAUAAAUUUCCCAUACUUGUAAUAAAAUGGAAUAUAAAAUCAUUAAUUAAUUAUGCUGAUUAUGUUCUGCAAGAAAUGAACAAAAAUGCAUCAUCAUCUCGUUGCAAGUCAUUCACAGAUUUUAAAACACUUGUAAACUAUUCUAAAGCGGGACAUGCUGAAAUCAUUAAUCAAAUUUCAACACCGAGAGUACUUCAUUAUUUUAUGCUACACUUGAUAGAAGAAAUGAAUCACUGUGCAAAUGAUGUUAAGGAACCAUUUAUAGCGACAAAGGAAAACAUUUAUACUGCUUAUGAAACCGCAGCUAAAUCUACUUUUAAGGUUCACUUUAUUAAUAAAUAA